AGCAAGACCAAUGGCUCGGGCGGCACGUCUGACCUAACGGAGCAUGAAAAGCCCGGUCCACGCAGCGGCCUCCGCGAGCACAGAGAUAAAAGGAAGGCAAGGCUAUCCGGUACGCCGGCACAAACCGCACCACUCGCGCACCACACUUCCACCAGCCAUCUCCAGUCCUCGCUGUCGCUGCCUACAGGAAGGAGCACACGCGCUCGCAGCCCCCGCGCUCCUGCUUGCUUCCCGCGUCGCUGCCGUCGGCUGAGUGGCCCCCGACGAGGGACGAGGGUGGAGGAGAGGCGUCGCCGGACGGAGCUGCGAGGUGUUUGUAGGAUUGCGUGCGUAGGCGAGCCUUCGAAGCUUGGGCAUAGUCAUCGCCAUGGCCACCGGGGUGGCACCGGCUCCGCUCCCGCACGUCAAGGUCCGCGGCGGAGGCAUCGGCUUAACCAAGAGCGUCGACUUCGCCAAGGUCCUCUCCGUUCCCGGUGCGCUGAGGACGGGGUCCUCGAGAGGCAGGGCGCUCGUGGUCAGGAGCUCAAGUACAGAGUCUGAUACCAUGGAGCUCGAGCCGGCCUCCGAAGGAAGCCCACUUCUUGUUCCCAGGCAGAAGUACUGCGAAUCUAUCCACCAAACAAGGAGGAGAAAAACACGGACUGUGAUGGUCGGGAACGUGGCACUUGGCAGUGAUCACCCCAUGAGGAUUCAGACUAUGACCACCUCAGAUACCAAGGAUGUUGCCAAGACCGUGGAAGAGGUGAUGAGGAUUGCAGAUAAAGGCGCUGAUUUUGUUAGAAUAACCGUCCAGGGUAAAAAGGAGGCUGAUGCCUGCUUUGAGAUUAAGAACACUCUUGUCCAGAAGAAUUACAACAUCCCUCUAGUGGCCGAUAUUCAUUUUGCGCCUACAGUAGCUUUAAGAGUGGCCGAAUGCUUUGACAAAAUCCGUGUUAACCCAGGAAACUUCGCCGAUCGCCGUGCCCAAUUUGAGAAGCUGGAAUAUACUGAAGACGAUUACGAAAAGGAGCUUGAACAUAUUGAGAAGGUCUUUUCUCCGUUGGUUGAGAAAUGCAAGAAGUAUGGAAGAGCCAUGCGUAUUGGAACAAAUCAUGGUAGUCUUUCUGACCGGAUAAUGAGCUACUAUGGUGAUUCUCCAAGGGGAAUGGUUGAGUCUGCUUUGGAAUUUGCUAGGAUCUGUCGGAAUUUGGACUUCCAUAACUUUGUAUUUUCAAUGAAAGCAAGUAACCCUGUUGUCAUGGUCCAAGCAUAUCGCCUGCUUGUAGCGGAAAUGUAUAACCUUGGAUGGGAUUAUCCUUUGCACUUGGGAGUUACCGAAGCUGGUGAGGGUGAAGAUGGGAGGAUGAAGUCUGCUAUUGGCAUCGGAACACUUUUGAUGGAUGGCUUGGGUGAUACAAUCCGUGUAUCCCUGACAGAACCACCAGAGGAAGAAAUUGAUCCUUGCAGGAGACUCGCAAAUCUUGGAACUCAGGCUGCAAACCUUCAAAUAGGGGUGGCCCCAUUUGAAGAAAAACAUAGGCGCUAUUUUGAUUUCCAGCGUAGAAGUGGCCAGUUGCCUUUACAGAAGGAGGGUGAGGCAGUAGAUUACAGAGGUGUCCUUCAUCGUGAUGGCUCUGUUCUGAUGUCAGUGUCCUUAGAUCAGUUGAAGGCUCCUGAGCUCCUUUAUAGGUCUCUUGCUGCGAAGCUUAUAGUUGGCAUGCCUUUCAAGGAUUUGGCAACUGUAGAUUCUAUUCUUUUGAGAGAACUCCCCCCUGUAGAAGAUGCUGAAGCAAGACUUGCACUCAAAAGAUUAGUUGACAUCAGCAUGGGCGUGUUGACUCCCUUAUCAGAGCAAUUGACAAAGCCACUCCCACAUGCAAUUGUGCUUGUCACCCUUGAUGAACUAUCAAGUGAUGCAAACAAGCUUUUGCCAGAAGGCACUAGAUUUGCUGUCACUCUUCGUGGAGAUGAAUCAUAUGAGCAGCUAGAUGUUCUUAAGAGUGUUGAUAAUAUAACGAUGUUGUUACAUAACGUUCCAUAUGGUGAAGAGAAGACUGGUAGAGUACAUGCUGCUAGGAGGCUGUUUGAGUACUUAGAGACCAAUGGUUUGAACUUCCCUGUGAUCCAUCACAUUGAUUUCCCUAAAAGCAUCGAUAGAGAUGGUCUUGUUAUUGGUGCUGGGAGCAAUGUUGGUGCUCUUCUAGUUGAUGGUCUGGGUGAUGGUGUACUUCUUGAAGCUGCUAACCAGGAGUUUGAAUUCUUGAGGGAUACAUCCUUCAACUUGCUACAGGGUUGCCGGAUGCGCAACACAAAAACUGAAUAUGUCUCUUGUCCUUCUUGUGGGCGAACGCUCUUCGACCUCCAAGAAAUCAGUGCUCAGAUUAGAGAGAAGACCUCUCAUCUGCCUGGCGUCUCUGUAAUCUAUCGAACACUUGAUUGUUUCCAUUCAUUUUAUGUAAAACAUUGGCCUGAUUCACUAUAUUUGUGUUUGUGGCAGAUUGCUAUUAUGGGUUGCAUUGUUAAUGGGCCAGGCGAGAUGGCUGAUGCCGACUUUGGAUACGUUGGAGGUGCCCCUGGAAAGAUCGACCUUUAUGUUGGGAAGACUGUUGUGCAACGGGGAAUUGCAAUGGAGGGUGCCACUGAAGCCUUGAUUCAGCUUAUCAAGGACCAUGGCCGUUGGGUGGAUCCUCCUACUGAGGAGUAGGCUCUGGCUGUUUCCGGUAGUUCAUGUGUAGCCCGUAAACGAUCCGCUAGCGGAAAAUUCAGUGUAUCAACAGACCAGAGGAUAUCCCAGCACAUAUUAUAUCAGUUGGGAAAUAAAAUAGAAACAAUGUCGGCUGCAAUUCUGCGACAUCCUGAUGAAGCAUAAGCAGCAUAGAAGCUUCUUGAAAUCACAUCACGGUAUAUCCUAAGCAUGUAGGAGUACAUUUGUAAAUGACAUGCAGAAAAUCAAAGUAGUUUACCUGUAUCUAGAACUAGAUGAUACCCCGCGCGUUGCUGCUACAGUGUAUUCACAAAGGACAUCCCAACACAUGUUGUAUAUCAAUUGGGAAACAAAGUAGAAACAGGGCUGGGCACGAUUCUGCGACA